AUGGGGGACGAAAGAGCUAUUCUAUCUAGGUUUCAUCAGAUUUUAACUUUCUUCACGGCAAAGAUAGAAACUCUUAGUCUCAUUGUCACAAAUAUUGGGGAAUAUUUUAAAGGAUUAUUUUCGUUUACACUAGAUGACGAUCUUCGCGACAUCUCCGACUCCGAUGAGGAUUUUAUGGAAAAAUCUCGAAAGUUCUUAGAUCGGUAUAGUGUCAAAGAGCUGACUGAAAUAAUUAAUCAAACAAUUUUACCCGAAAAAGUUAAAAAAUUAGGAAUAGACGACUGGUAUGUUGAAUUUAAUCUUCAAGAUCCAGUGACUCAUUAUUUAUAUGUUCGCACACAUCAAUGUAAAGAAGAUGAAAAAUUUAUUGCCUUCAUGGCAGCAUCUUUGAAUCAAAGGGAUGGCAAGUAUGACUUAUUCCACGUUCGAUGGUUCGCAUUACAAAACCCAUUAGGCGAAUUUACGAACGCAAGACCACGAUUACCUGGCCAGAAGUACCCAGGCACGGGAUUUGGCAGAGACUGUGUUCGUCUUACUUACUACUUAGCGAGGAAGGCCGGUCGAGACGGAAUUCUCAAUUCUCCAGAACAUUUUCACAACGCUUACAUGUACGACUUCUGUUAUUUCGUAGAUCCCCAGCAGGAGGGCUGGUUCAGAAAGCUGAAGAAGGAUCUGAGAAAGGAUAUAAAGAAAAAGGGCUUGGCACUGGUAAGCUGGGCAAUUUAUCUCGGCUGCCUCAGGGAAAAGGGGAACCCUGUAAAGUGGGAAAUGAAAGAACAGGCUAUGCCGAUUUCUCUUAGAUAUUACGCUGUAUUUUUCCUCCCUAGAUAUAACUACAUAAUGGAAAAGGCUAAAUACGAAAGUGGCCCGUUUACAAUCGAUUGGGAAUUGGCUGAGAAACAAUGCUUAGACAAAAUACUAUUUAACAACCCUAAUUAA